AUGAGAGAAGUAGAAGCAUUAGAAGUUACACAAGACAAAGCAGCUGUGAAUGAAGUAGCUGUGAACGAAAUUACACGAGAUAAAACAGCCGUGAAUGAAGUAGCUGUAAUAGAAGCAGAAGUUACAACUGAUACGAUCGAUCAGAACGUGAUAAGAGCUCCAGCAGACAUGAAAAUUCGGAAAAAAUUGAUCACAUCGAUUAAAGUAACGCUUGAUUUUCUGAUCGAAGAAGUGCGUAGUUUAAAAGCGCAAUCCUUACAACAAUCAUGGCAAUGA